CGGCGGCCAUUUUGUCUCAGUGUCGGUCCUGCCUAGCGCAGCGGUAGUCGUUAGUCCGGUCGGUCAGUCCCGUAGCGCCCCGAUCUGUGUCAGAGCCGGUCCGAAGGGCGGCUCCGUAGAUGGCCAGCUUUCCCCCGAGUGUCAACGAGAAGCUCAUCGCAAGAUCACGUCCUAUCGGAGAACUUUUAGCCCCAACAUCUCCUUUUGAUAAGAAGUGUGGACGUGAAAACUGGACUGUUGCCUUUGCACCUGAUGGAUCUUACUUUGCGUGGUCACAAGGACAUCGCAUAGUAAAGCUUGUUCCCUGGACUCAAUGCUUUAAUAACUUCUUGUUGCAUGGCACAAAGAAUGUUGCAAAUUCAGUCAAUGCAAGACUCUCAAGACAGAACAGCGAUAGUGGUCAAAAAAAUAAGCCUUGUGAGCAUAUAAUUGACUGUGGCGAUAUAGUCUGGAGUCUUGCUUUUGGGUCUUCAGUGCCUGAAAAACAGAGUCGCUGUGUGAACAUAGAAUGGCAUCGAUUCAAAUUUGGGCAAGAUCAGCUUCUGCUUGCAACUGGCUUGAACAACGGGCGCAUCAAAAUAUGGGAUGCAUACACAGGAAAACUCCUCCUUAAUCUGAUGGACCAUACUGAAGUGGUCAGAGAUUUAACCUUUGCUCCAGAUGGCAGCCUGAUAUUAGUGUCUGCAUCAAGAGACAAAACGCUAAGAGUGUGGGACCUGAAAGAUGAUGGAAAUAUGAUGAAGGUAUUAAGAGGGCACCAGAAUUGGGUGUAUGGCUGUGCUUUUUCUCCAGACUCUUCCAUUCUGUGUUCCGUUGGAGCCAGUAAAGCAGUUUUUCUUUGGGAUAUGGAUAAGUACUCCAUGAUUCGUAAACUAGAAGGACAUCUCAACGAUGUUGUAGCUUGUGAGUUUUCCCCUGAUGGAGCUUUACUGGCUACUGCAUCUUACGAUACUAGAGUUUAUGUCUGGGAUCCCCAUAUUGGAGUUAUUCUAAUGGAAUUUGGGCAUCUGUUUCCUGCUCCGACUCCAAUAUUUGCUGGGGGAGCGAAUGACAGAUGGGUUAGAUCUGUAUCUUUUAGUCACGAUGGACUGCACAUUGCAAGCCUUGCUGAUGAUAAAAUGGUGAGGUUCUGGAGUAUUGAAGAAGACUAUCCUGUACAAGUUGCACCUUUGAACAAUGGGCUUUGCUGUGCCUUUUCUACUGAUGGCAGUGUUCUAGCUGCUGGAACGCAUGAUGGAAGCGUGUACUUCUGGGCAACUCCAAAACAUGUGUCCAGUCUUCAACACUUGUGUCGCAUGGCAAUUAGAAGAGUGAUGCCUACUAGCCAAGUCAAGAACCUGCCUGUCCCUUCAAAAGUGGUGGAGUUUCUUUCCUACCUGACUUAAAAAAAAAAAAUCCAAAAAACCCAAAAUCCCUUGCAUGUGACCAGUCUGCUGAAACUGGUAAAAUUACUGGUACAUUUUAAAAGAAUCUUCAAGCUUUAUACAGCCUUCAAACUUCAAACUCUACAAGUUUUCAAGAUCUAUUUAAAUUUGAUACAUCUAAAAAAUCUGUCCUGCAUUUUGACAGUGGAGUUUUUAAUAUUAUUUAUAGAAAAAUACAGUAGAAGUAUUUCUGAAGUUCUCAAGACAAUUUUCUAAAAUCUAACUGUGAAAACAUGUACAUAUGUAGAUGUGAGCAGCUGUGUUAUCAGUGGACCUUCUAAAUUGCUUUUCUGAUUCAGUGUAUAUCGUGUAUAUAUUGUUUCUGUAGAGCCAUCAGUGCUGUAAAGCAGAAGGAUAGCUAUUAUUCUGGGACACUGAGUUAGACAAAUAUUGAUUUAAAGAAGCUUAACUGCUUUGUACGUACAUUAGUUGGGGUUCAGGAUGCUGAUCCACAGAUACAAAAUUAUGUUAGUUUUUUUUGUGGGGAGGUACAGCUUAGUUUUCAUUAGUGCUGAUGUGUGGUGAAGAGAAGUAAGUUGAGUGAGGGAUGGAUUAGAUAGAAUAUAAGUCCGGAACAUCACUUCAAUUAGCAAACACAUUUGUCAUCCAAAGCAGGCCUUAAUUUUUGCAACAACAAAGAUUAAAUUUAAACCCUGGGUUGUGAUUAAGAAAAAUAUCCUUAAAUUUCUGAAAUCUAACUACUGUAUUGUUGCCUGGUAUGUUUUCUGUAAUAUGUGAAGUUUACAGACUUGUAUUAUUCUGUGACCCUAUAAUAUCUCUUGAGGGGGUGAUAUUGGUUAACUGCCAACAAUAAGCAAAAUGUUUGCUUCUGCCUUCUGUUAUUUAUCUGUACCUGCAGAUAUAAAGAAUGUAUGCAUUGCAUAAAAUGCCUGAUUAUAUAUAUAUUUUUGUUUUUUUUAUUAAAGACUUGUACAAAAACCUCACUUUUCUGAAA